AUGAAGCGACCCUCGGCUGCUGUUGUUAUGAUGAAGAAGAGCAAGAAGAUUAUCAUCAAGAAGAACGGCAAGCCCGGCAAGAGUGGUGGCCCAGUCAUCAAGAAGAAGCCCGGUGCCGGGCCCACGACAUUGAAGGAUGCCGUCGAUGGCAUCAAGAAGUCGUCCAUGGACAAGGACAACAUGUGGGACGACAAGUCGGCCUCAGAGGACAACGGUGCGGGCUCAUCCACGGACUGCAAGAGAGACAAAGGGAAAUCAGAGAAGUUCACGAAGAUGAAAUUGGCAGGGAGUUUGCCACCGUACGUGGUGGACUUGUACGACAAUGCUGCCAACCAGAAAGAGUCCCCUCGCCAGUUCCGCACGGAGAUUAUCAACUCCUUGUUCAAGAGGAACCCCAACGGUGCGGGCUCAUCCACGGACUGCAAGAGAGACAAAGGGAAAUCAGAGAAGUUCACGAAGAUGAAAUUGGCAGGGAGUUUGCCACCGUACGUGGUGGACUUGUACGACAAUGCUGCCAACCAGAAAGAGUCCCCUCGCCAGUUCCGCACGGAGAUUAUCAACUCCUUGUUCAAGAGGAACCCCAAGACCGGGCGGUACAGCUUGAUUGACAACCAGCCGUUAUUUACGGAAGCGAAGCGGGUCUGGGAGAAAAAGUUCGGCACCGAUGGCAAGGAGAGCUACACGAAGCUCGUCAUGCGAGGACUUUUCUUCGGAAACUCGGAGUCAGCUGGAGAGGUCACCGAGUUCAAGUCCAAGGACGGAACAUGUUUCUACUCGUUCCGCAAAAUGACAGCUGGUGUUGAAACCGGACAAGAGAGCAGCCUGGGCUACACGAAGCAGGCCAAGGGCACUCAGCAGCAAGCGGACAUCGAUUGGAGCAUGCCCUACAAGGGUACCGAUGGCCUGGUGGUUGAGCCUGGCAAGAAGCUGCCGAAGCCCAUGGCGGCCUUCUUGGAGAAGGCGGUGGCCACACAGAUCCGCUUGGGUGGCGAGACCAUGCUUCCUCAGGAGUCGUCGGACGUGUAUGACAAGCUCAAGAAGGCCUACGUUGAGAGCCAGAAGAUGCUCGGCGAAUGCCGCCAUAUCCUGGCCUGGAAGGAGAUGCCUGAUUCGCAACCUGUUUCAAAAGACAAUUUCGACAAGUUCAUGACAUUUGUCGCCAAGCAGACGUUGGCCCACCACGAGUUGCUCGCAAACGGCAAAGCCGUUGUCAAGGAGGAGCGAAAAGACUCCGAGGUGGUAUCCGGCAAAGACUACGAGCAGCUGGAGCUUAUGCAAGAUAUCCACUCAACUUUGCAGGAGCACGGUGAGGAGCCGACCUCAUCCACUUCCCAGCGGGUGGAGCCGAAUAUUGCCGUCGCCGAAACAUACAAAGCCAAGCUCCACUUUGCAAACCCCGCAGGUGAACAUACACAAGAGGUAUUGUUACCUCAUGAGCUGUUCGCUUCAAUGUUCGAGCAUGAGAAUGAGGCUUUCUUUCGCAAUGUAGCCAGCGACGAGGGUACACGUACAAAGUUCUGGGAUCGCAUGCGAUCUCACUCCCACCCGGCUUGGGAAAAUCACCCGCUGCUGCAUCGCAACAUCAAAAAGGCGAUUCCUAUUUCGGUUCACGGCGACGAGGUUCCCAUCGCUGGGAUUGGAAAGCAGUGGUCCAAGAAGCUCGUCAACGUGUCAUGGGCAAGCUUGCUGGGCAAGACUGAAACGAAGUCGACACAGUUCUGGUCGAUGGGACUGGUAGAGAAAACCGAUGUUAAGAAUGGCCCGUAUGCCACUAUGCGAAACCUCUGGAAGAUUUUGGCAUGGUCAUUUACUGCUCUCUGGUCUGGGCUAUGGCCGUUGACCGACCACGAAGGCAACAGGUUCAGAUCGAUGAGCCGUUUAUCCAUGUUCGUGCGAAAAACCGGAGGGCCAAAGCUCCGAGGAAAAGCAGGCGAACUGCGAUAUUUUGGGGAGGUGCUGUUGGCACUAUGGACAACAUAUUGCAGUAAUGAGCUGGAGCUUCACAAGAAGAUCACACUUCUCUUGAAAAGUAACGUUUUCAUGGAAAGGAAGCUGACGGAGACGAAGGGCCAGACUUCGAUGGAGGACGAGGAUGCUGAUGAGUUUAAUCAAGCAUGCUCCGAUAUGCUGGUACUUCAGAGUGAUCUUGCAAGGCAAUUUGCAGAGCAGGGCAAACUGUACUUCACUCUAACUUCGAAGGCACACCAGCUACAGCAUGCCUGUCUGCUCGUAUGGGCAUUUGUCGGCGAGGACCUCCAACAGAAGGUGCAGCGACUCGCUUCCAUGUCCCUGAAGGGGAAUGUUGGGCCUUAUGCUGUCAACAAGAUGCUCAGACGUUACCGGUUGGCCCUGAGCAUGAUCUGGCGAGAUCAAAGGACGAAUGCCUAA